UGACCAUCAGCGGGCCUCCCUUCAAAGGAUUCUUCGUGCAAGCCCAGGACAGCCACACCGGUGACUGGCUCGGCGAGUUCUUGGACGAAGGCCCCGUCAAGACCCACCCCGAGUGCUCCGCCAUCACCCACGCCGACAAAGCGCGCAAGAAGCACAUUCGCCUCACCUGGCGCGCGCCUCGCUCCGGCUCCGGCUCGGUGACGUUCACCGGGACGGUUUUGGAGAGGUACGACAAGUACUGGUCCGACAUGGUGGCUCAGGUGGUUCCGUCCCGUCGCCACUUCUGAGUCCCUCCGCAUCGCAUCGCUUCCCAGUCAAGUCGUGGCAGCCAUCAUUGUCUGGUUUCAUCUAUUUAUUGGUUGUUUAUUGUUUACAUUUUUGGAUUUUAUUUUUUUUUUGUCCCGUCACAAAUAUUUGCGAUCAUCAUAUGUCUUCAGCUCAAGGAAGUAACAAGAUCUGAUAAAGUGGAGGUCGGAUUUGGCGUCUCUCCUUUUACACUUCAUUGGUAAACCUAGCUUUGGAGAUGAUUUUGUGUUGUUUUCGCUAAAUAGUGCAUGGUAUUUAACUUAUGUAGUUUCCAUACACUUUAGGGUUGAAAAUAGAGGUGAAGUUAU